AUGUCUGAAGACAGCGUCUUUAAUUUCAGGAGAUCUCUCCAGAAGAUGUUUCCACAAUCAGGGAAAUCCAUCGUCUUUGACAACUUUCCAGAUCCCACUGACUCCUGGGAAAUCAUCGAGACGAUCGGGAAGGGGACGUACGGAAAAGUCUACAAGGUUCUCAACAAGACUGAUGGAAGUAAAGCAGCGGUGAAGAUAUUGGAUCCCAUCCACGAUAUUGAUGAGGAGAUAGAAGCGGAGUACAACAUCCUCAAAGCUCUGUCCGACCACUCCAAUGUCGUCAAGUUUUAUGGGAUGUACUACAAGAAGGAUGUGAAAUGUGGAGAUCAGUUGUGGCUCGUGCUGGAGCUUUGCAAUGGAGGCUCGGUGACGGAUCUGGCCAAAGGCAUGCUGAGGAGAGGAGACAGAAUGGACGAAGCCAUCAUUGCCUACAUGUUGCACGAGGCCCUCAUGGGUCUCCAGCACCUGCACGUCAACAAGACCAUUCACCGCGACGUCAAGGGCAACAACAUCCUGCUGACGACGCAUGGAGGGAUCAAACUUGUGGAUUUUGGUGUCUCGGCACAGCUGACAAACACCCGUCUGAGGAGGAACACCUCUGUUGGAACUCCCUUCUGGAUGGCUCCCGAGGUAAUAGCCUGUGAGCAGCAGCUGGACUCAACCUACGAUGCUCGCUGUGAUGUUUGGUCCCUGGGCAUCACCGCCAUAGAGCUGGGAGAUGGAGACCCGCCCCUCUCGGAACUCCAUCCAAUGAGAGCUCUUUUCAAAAUACCCAGAAAUCCUCCGCCUACCCUCCACCAGCCGGAGCUGUGGUCAGACAACUUUAAUGACUUCAUCUGCAAAUGUCUGAUUAAGGAUUUUGAGCUCAGACCAAAUGUGCUCGACCUGCUCCAGCAUGUGUUCAUCAAACAGAUUGUCGGCAGAGAGAGAAUUCUGCAGAAACAAUUGAUUGAACUCAUUGAUCUCAAUCAACAAAUAGGAUCCAUUGAAAAAACAAGCCAUCAUGGAAAGACAAACAGAAGCACAGACAGUAAUGACAGGCAUGAACGCAUCCACACUAAAAAAGGAAGCCACAUGAAGACACAGAGCGACCCAGACGAGGUGGAAGACCUCGCCACCUUGGAAGUUCUGGAUGAGAACACGGUCACAGAGCAGCUUCAGAGUCGCUAUGGAAGAGACCAAAUUUACACAUAUGUGGGAGACAUCCUCAUCGCAGUCAAUCCUUUCCAUAAGAUGGAGAUAUACAAUCCUCAGGACACUAAGAUGUACAUCGGAGCCAAACGUACAAUGAACCCACCACACAUCUUCGCUGUGGCCGAUAUCGCCUACCAGUCCAUGGUGUCAUACAACACAGACCAGUGUGUUGUGAUCAGUGGCGAGAGCGGAGCAGGGAAAACAGAGAGCGCUCAUCUGUUGGUGCAGCAGCUGACUGUUCUCGGGAAGGCCAACAAUCGGACGCUCCAGGAGAAGAUCCUGCUGGUCAACAGCCUGGUGGAGGCUUUUGGAAACGCCUGCACCGCCAUCAACGACAACUCCAGCCGCUUCGGCAAAUACCUGGAGAUGAAGUUCACCUGUGGAGGAACGGUGGUGGGGGCGCAGAUCUCCGAGUAUCUGCUGGAGAAAUCCAGAGUCAUCCACCAGGCCGUAGGGGAGAGAAACUUCCACAUCUUCUACUACAUCUACGCCGGCCUGGCUGACAGGAAGAAACUCGCCCACUACAAGCUCUCUGACAGCAAAACACCUAAGUAUCUGUGUAACGAGCACAUUAAAUUAGGACCUGACAUCGUGAGCAACACCUUCUACAAGGAGCAGUUUGAUGCAGUGGAGCAGUGUUUCAAAGUCAUUGGAUUCACCCUGGAGGAGCUGGGCAGUGUUUACAGCACCCUGGCCGCCAUCCUCAACUCUGGAGAUAUCGAGUUCUGCCCGGUCGCCUCGGAGCAUCAAACUGACAAGAGCAACAUCUCCAACAUUUCUGUCCUGGAGAACGUGGCCUCGCUGCUGCAUAUCCGCUCAGACGAGCUGCAAGAAGCCCUGACCUCCCAUUGUGUCGUUGCCCGGGGAGAGACCAUCGUCAGGCCCAACACGGUGGAAAAAGCGGCGGAGGUGAGGGACGCCAUGGGCAAGGCUCUCUACGGCCGCCUCUUCAGCUGGAUCGUCAACCGCAUUAACUCGCUGCUGCGCCCCGACAGCCACCUAGGAGAAGAUGAUAAGGGCCUGAACAUCGGCAUCCUGGACAUGUUCGGUUUCGAGAACUUCAAGAAGAACUCUUUCGAGCAGCUCUGCAUCAACAUCGCCAACGAGCAGAUCCAGUUUUACUUCAACCAGCACAUAUUCGCUUGGGAACAGGAUGAAUAUCUGAAUGAGGAGGUGGACGCUCGGAUGAUCGAGUACGAGGACAACCGACCUCUCCUGGAUCUGUUCCUGCAGAAGCCCAUGGGGAUGCUCUCACUUCUGGACGAGGAGAGUCGCUUCCCACAAGCCACUGACCAGACCCUCGUAGAGAAAUUUGAUAAUAAUCUGAAGACCAAAAGCUUCUGGAGACCAAAGAGAGUUGACCUUGGCUUUGGGAUCCACCACUAUGCUGGAAAGGUGAUUUACAACGCUGCCGGUUUCUUGGCCAAGAACAGAGACACGCUUCCAGCCGACAUCGUCCUGCUGCUGCGGUCGUCAGACAACGAGCUGGUUCGCAAACUCGUCACCCACCCGCUCACCAAAACAGGAAACCUCGCUCACACCAAGGGCAAAGGCAUAAACACGAUGAGCAGCCUGCGGACCCCGACACGCACCAUCACCUUCGCCAAGAUGGGAGUGUUAACCCUAUACAGUGCUUUUUGUUUCAGUGAGGCGGGCGAACAAGGAGACGUUCCGUACCACCCGAGGGAAACAACCAACAUGAGAACGCAGACCGUGGCCUCCUACUUCAGAUACUCUCUGAUGGACCUGCUGUCCAAGAUGGUGGCGGGGCAGCCUCACUUCGUGCGCUGCAUCAAGCCCAACAACGAUCGCCACGCCAACAAGUUCGACCGAGAAAAGGUUCUGGUUCAGCUGCGUUACACCGGGGUCCUGGAGACCGCCAAGAUCAGACGGCAGGGUUACUCCCACCGCAUCCUGUUCGCCAACUUCAUAAAGAGAUACUACAUUUUGGCAUUUCAUGCUCAUGAGGAGCCAGCGGUGACUCCAGAAACCUGUGCAACAAUACUGGAGAAGGCAAAGCUGGAGAACUGGGCAAUGGGGAAGACCAAAGUUUUUCUUAAGUACUUCCACGUGGAACAUCUGAAUCUCAUGGUGCAGCAGGGCACACAGCGACUCGUGCUGCUCCAGGCUUACAUUCGAGGCUGGUUGGGAGCCAAGCGGUACCGGCGGAUAUUAAAAGAGCGAGAACAGAGCGCUCUGGUGCUGCAGUCAGCUUACAGAGGUCAAAAAGUUCGUAAGAGGGUCGCCGAUGACAAAAACAAAGCAAAGUUUGAGGCCUUCAUCGUGCAGUUUCAGGCUGUUUGCAGAAGCUAUCUUGCAAAAAAGAAAUACAAGGAAUUGCUGGAUGAGAAGAACAAGGCUGCCACCAAGAUCCAGGCUCGCUACAGAGGGCAUAAAGAAAGGAAAAGCUUCAAAAGAAAACAGGAAGCCAAAGAGAAAGCGGAGAAGGAAAAGGUGGAACAGGCAACUGAAUCAGAGGAAAGCACCAAAGACUCGAAUACAGAAACUGAAGCAAACUACGAAGUGGAGGAAGCUAAAGCUGCCGUCGUUCUCCAGAGCAACUACAGAGGCUACAAAGAGAGGAAAAAGUUUAAGGAGAGGAAACAGACGAUGGCCGGGUCUGAGCUAGAGUUACCGCCGAACACGGUGGCUGCAAGCAAAGAAGGAGAGAGGGAGAAGAUAAAAGAUAAACAUGAGGAGAAUGACGAGGAUGAGGAGAGUACGUAUGAAGCAGAGGAAAACGAUGACAGCGAUCACACACAGGUGCCAGAAGACGAGGAACAUACAGAGGUAUUGGACGAGGCCGUGAUCAUGGACGCACUAGUGGCAGAUGCUGGAGAAGGAGAGCAGGAAGAGGACAAGAACGGAGAGGAAAAUGCUGCAGAGGACGAGGAAGUCGACGUAGAGGAGGAAACCAAGGCGGCGACUGUUCUCCAGAGCAAUUUCAGAGGUCACAAAGAGAGGAGAAGGUUGCAAGAAGAAGGUAAAAUCCCAGCUAAGAAACCGAAGAAAAGCCCAGCUGAAACUCAAGAUGUUUCUUUGACAUUAGACGACCCGGAUGAAGCCAAAGCUGCCGUGGUGCUUCAGAGCAACUUCCGUGGCCACAAGGAGCGUAAACGACUCGAGGAGGAAGGAAAGAUCCCAAAGAAAAGGAUGAAAGAAGAGAUCUCAUCCGAACGUCCAAAAGAAGAAGAGGAAGAGUUGAAGCACACAGAGGAAUCGGUGCCAGAAUCCCAGCUGGACUCAUCUGCUGAGAACCUGGAGGAACUGGACGAGGAAAAGGCUGCGACUGUCCUGCAAAGUAACUUUAGAGGCCAUCGAGACCGAAAGAAACUGAAAGCAGAGCAAGACGCACGGAGGAGAGCGGAGGAAGAAGAGGAGGAGGAGAACGAGGAUGUGGUCCUGGACGUUACUGACAUAGUGAUCGAACGUAGAGAGGAGAGCGAUGUCGAAAAAGAACGAAUGGAGGAAGAACAGGCUGCGGUGAAGAUCCAGAGCAACUUCAGAGGGUACAAGGACAGAAAGAACCUGAAGACCAACAAGCAAACAGCCCAGAGAGAAGCUGAGGAGCUGCAGAGCUUCUCAAAACAGAUCGCAAAAACGUCUCAGGACUUUGUGGCCCUGCAGCAGAAGUUGAACGAGAUCAUUCAGGCCCAUCAAUCAAACCCAGAGAACAACGGCAUGUUUGUGAGAGGCAAAGCAAUCAAUGGCUUCGCUCCCCAGAAUCACCAAUCAACUCAGAAGAUGUUGUUGCGGACCCCCCGCAGGACGCAGCAGCCGAAGACCCUGAACACGCCAGAGGACUCCACCUACUACAACCUGAUUCAUCGCUCCGUCAAGGAUGACAGACGCAAGCCCAGGAAAGAAGAUCCAGGGAAGCUUCUGGAUGUAGACGAUUGCUACUACCGAGGCCUGAUCACCAGCAGGUCUGAACCCUCCAUAUCCACAGAGGACACGUCCCACAACAACAACAGCAGCAGCAGCAGCAGCAACAUGGCCGAGAGGAGGCGCUCCUCAGUCAGGAGACGCUCCUCGGUCAGGAGACACUCCUCGGACAGGAGACGCUCCUCGGACAGGAGGCAGCCUGCAGAGCUGAGACCAGCUGCUGCCGGGAGACCGACCAGAGAGCGAGCCGUCACUGAACCAGAGCCUUCCAAACUUGCCAAAGACAACCGGCGCUCCCUUCACAGGACGACCUCCACAGACAGUCGGGUCGAGGACAACCCGUACGACUUCAGACAUCUGCUGAGGAAGACCUCUCAGAGACGAAGGCUCAUCAAACGGUACUGAACGCAGGACGGAACCUUUUUUUUUACCCGUUUGUCGUGAAGCAUCAGACGCAUCCAUGGUACACAGUUUUAACAAAAUAUCCCGAGGAUCUGAUUCCUCACAGUCACUGCCUGUUCAAUUCAGCACGACAGAGGUUUUCAAGGAAAAUAUAUAUAAUAACAUUUUACUGUUUAAACUUUCAGGGAAUGAUGCUUUUAUUUGUGUCAUUUGUAAACUUUUCUUUUAUUAAUUUUCUUUCUUUGCUUGUCAAAAACCGUGUGUGUUUAUUUAAACAUCAGAUGUCAUUUUAUAUAAUGUCCAUACUGUAGAUCAUGUAAAUAUGCAGAAUCCUGCUCUUAACACUUUCACCGUUUUUUCAUGAAUGUAUCUUUGGAAAAUCGGCUUCGGUGUCGUCGUGCUGUAAGAAAUGUGAAUUCUUCUGUCGGCUGC